AUGCAGGGCGCCAGGGCGCGACCUGCCGAUAGUCAAACACCAAUACAACAUCUCCGCUUGAGUGUUGAUCCAAAGCCAUGGCAGCUUGACCGUAUUCUUGCGAUUUGCGCCGACAAUAUCGUAACGUACCUGCAAAUGGACGACAAGCAACUGGUCAUUAGGGACCCCACCGCGUUCAAAAAGAAAGAUGUCAUUGAAGUAGGCUUCACUCUGCAGACCUAUCGGACCUUCUCGCCUGAGUUAGGUCCUCACUACAAAUGUGAAGUGGUGUUGCGAAGCUUGGUAAACCUUGACGGGACAUUUUCCAAACAAGUCGCAGCAGCUAAACGAGCCGCAUUGAAGCGCAAAGUCCACGAAGUCUCAAGCGCAAAAGCUGAGGAAAAACGCUGGAAGCGGAUGCGAAGAAACGCUAACCCGAUAGCUGCGCGUUUUACUGGUAAAGGGAAGGGGAAGGAGUUGGCCGUCGACAGCGAGUCUGACGAAGGGCAACCAGCGACGAGAAUGAAGCUUGAAGGGCUGCAUUUGAUUCAGAAUGUACAGAAAACUGAUUGA